CAAAAAAAGUAUAUAAAUUACAUCAACAUAACGAAAUUCUAAAACAUAACCAAAUUAAACACAAACCAAAAAAUCACUUUCAACAAUGUCUUCAUUAAUCAAUGGUCGCAAACCAAGUGAAAUCUACAAAGCACAAGCUUUAUUAUACAAACACAUAUAUGCUUUCAUAGAUUCCAUGUCUCUAAAAUGGACAGUUGAAAUGAACAUACCAAACAUUAUCCACAAUCAUGGCAAACCAAUUUCACUAUCAAACUUACUCUCAAUUCUUAAAGUUCCAUCAUCGAAAUGCGGUAACGUGCAACGUAUCAUGCGUUACCUCGCGCACAACGGAUUCUUCGAGAUAAUAAAAACUCAAGAAUUUGAAAAUGAUGAAGAAGCCUAUGCUCUAACUGUUGCUUCAGAGCUUCUUGUUAAAGGAAGUGAACUUUGUUUAGCUCCAAUGGUUGAAUGUGUUCUUGAUUCACUCUUUCGUUCGUAUCAUGAGAUGAAAAAGUGGAUUUAUGAGGAAGAUCUUACACUCUUUGGUGUUACUUUAGGAGCUGGAUUUUGGGAUUUUCUUGAAAAAAAUCCUGGUUAUAAUAAAUCAUUUAAUGAAGCUAUGGCUAGUGAUUCUAAAAUGAUAAAUUUAGCAUUGAGAGAUUGUGAUUUUGUGUUUGAAGGGUUAGAAUCAAUUGUUGAUGUUGGUGGUGGAACAGGAACAACUGCUAAGAUUAUUUGUGAGAGAUUUCCUAAGUUGAAAUGUGUUGUGUUUGAUAAACCAAUGUUAGGGAAAGUUUGUGAUCAAAGUGACAAUUUGACUUAUGUUGGUGGAGACAUGUUCCAAUCUAUUCCUAAUGGUGAUUCUGUUCUUCUUAAGUGGAUUUUACACAAUUGGAUUGAUAAGGAUUGCAUAAGGAUACUGAAAAAAUGUAAAGAAGCUGUUACAAGUGAUGGGAAAAAAGGAAAAGUGAUUAUUAUAGAUAUGGUGAUAAACGAAAAGAAAGAUGAGAACCAAAUUACUCAAGUAAAGCUUCUUAUGGAUGUAAACAUGGCUUCUCUUAAUGGAAAAGAGAGAAAUGAGGAUGAAUGGAAGAAACUCUUCAAAGAAGCAGGAUUUCAAGACUAUAAAAUAUCUCCUUUGACUGGAUAUUUGUCUCUUAUUGAGAUCUAUCCCUAAACACUUUUGUUGUGUUAUCCAUUCUAUUGUUUACAUGUUCUAAAUCAAUGUUUUGGUCUAUUUUAAUAUUGCAUUAAUGUUGUAUUAAUGUA